AUGGAACAGUCAGCUUCCAGACCAUUUUGUGGGUUGACUUUCGGGUGCGACUUCGGCGGAGCUCAAGCCGCUAUCUGCCGGAUAUAUGGGAGUUGUUCAGCGGCCAUCGGGAGAAAGGUGCGGCACAUCAUCGUGGACCAACAUCACGCACGUACUUACGCGGCUCAUUCUACCGGAAGACAGCCAAAACUAUACUCCUUGCUCAAUCAUCUCACAACAAGCCGUUGCGAUCAACCAUCACAAUCUUCAACGUCAUCACUUGCCUUGUUCCAUCACCCCUCAUUCUCACAACAACCCCGCAUCAUGGCGCCCAAGGGUCCUUUCAAGCUUGUCACAGUCAACACCGCACCUGAGCGUGCGAAGAGGCUUAUCGGCCGCAUGACUGAGGCGCUCAAGGAUCAGUACACGAUUGACUAUGUCGCCAACUGCGAGACAAUCGCCGAGGUCGAGGGCAAGGUGAAAGAGCACAAGCCAGACGUCCUGUUCUGUGCGUCAAUGUGGACAGCGGAUGAGGCAGAGCAGAUCCAGGCUACUGCGAGGUCAAUUGUCCCGAACAUUAAGACCCACGCGAUCCCUCAUGGGCUGCAGGUUGAGAGGGGGCCAGAUGCUAUUGUUGAGCACCUCCUUGAGAAGGUUCCUCAACUGCUCGAGAGCUAG